AUGGGUAUAUAUCUCAGUACCCCUAAAACAGAGAAGUUUUCUGAAGAUGGUGAGAAUAGCAGGCUUAGAUUUGGCUUAUCAUCAAUGCAAGGAUGGCGUUCUACAAUGGAAGAUGCUCAUUCGGUAGUUCCUGAUUUGGAUGCUUCCACUUCAUUUUUUGGUGUUUAUGACGGUCAUGGAGGUAAGGUGGUUGCCAAAUUCUGUGCUAAGUAUCUUCAUCAACAAGUGCUUAGGCAUGAAGCAUAUUUGGCUCGUGAUAUCGGAACUUCAGUUCAGAAAGCCUUUUUCAGGAUGGAUGAGAUGAUGCGAGGGCAGAGAGGGUGGAGGGAGUUGGCUGUUCUGGGAGAUAAAAUGGAUAAGUUUACUGGCAUGUUGGAGGGCUUGAUAUGGUCUCCAAGAAGUGGUGACAAAAAGGACCAAGUCGAUGAUUGGUCAUUUGAGGAGGGGCCACAUUCUGAUUUUUCUGGACCAACUUCUGGCUGCACUGCUUGUGUAGCCAUCAUUAGGGACAACCAACUUAUCAUCGCAAAUGCUGGUGAUUCUCGCUGUGUAAUUUCUAGGAAUGGUCAGGCAUACAAUCUUUCAAGAGACCACAAGCCUGAUCUUGAGGUUGAGAGAGAGAGAAUUUUAAAAGCCGGUGGUUUUAUCCAUGCAGGACGUGUUAAUGGCAGUUUAAAUCUUGCAAGAGCUAUAGGUGACAUGGAAUUCAAGCAGAACAAGUUUUUGCCUGCUGAUAAGCAAAUUGUAACUGCUAGUCCAGAUAUCAAUGUUGUUGAACUUUGUGGUGAUGAUGAGUUUGUGGUGCUUGCCUGUGAUGGUAUUUGGGAUUGCAUGUCAAGCCAACAACUAGUGGAUUUUAUUCGUGAGGAGCUGAAAUCCGAAAAUAAACUCUCUGUUGUCUGUGAAAGAGUACUGGAUAGGUGUCUCGCACCAUCUACUGCUGGAGGUGAGGGUUGUGACAAUAUGACCAUGAUUAUAGUGCAAUUUAAGAAACCGACCCAGUUGGGUACAUCUAUAGACGAGCAAUCUUCUGCUUCCGAGGAUGUGCACGUUGAGUCAAAACCAGCAGACAGUGGAUCGUAA